AUGAUGCGUCCUUGGACAAUACUCAUAGCCAGUUCGUGGCUGAGCCUUGCCGCUGCGUCUGCUUCUGCUUCUGCUUGUGCAGCGAAACCUUCUGUAGCGGCUGAAAUUGCUUCGAUCGAUCACGAUAACUGCGAACAUGGUCCCAACUCUCGAGGAUGUUGGGGUGACUACUCUAUCAACACCAACUACUACGAGCAAGCUCCUGAUACUGGGGUGACGAGAGAGUACUGGUUCGUUGUGGAAAACAUUACAAUGGCGCCCGAUGGCUACGAACAGCACGUGCUUGCUAUCAACAGAUCGAUCCCCGGGCCUCUGAUUGAAGCAAACUGGGGAGACGAAGUUGUAAUCCAUGUCACAAACAAUAUGGAGAGAAAUGGAACAGCGAUCCACUGGCACGGUAUAAGGCAACUCAACAACAAUGCGCACGACGGUGUCCCUGGCGUUACUCAAUGUCCCAUACCGCCUGGAGGUAGUUACACCUAUCGUUGGAAGGCUGAACAAUAUGGAACAUCCUGGUACCAUUCUCACUUCAGCCUCCAGUACUCGGUCGGUCUCCAGGGACCCAUGAUCAUUCAUGGGCCCGCAACCGCCAACUAUGAUGAAGAUUUGGGAACAGUCAUGCUCCAAGAUUGGAGUCACGUUUCGCCAUUUGCCAUGUGGUGGUACGCGCGUGUGCCCUCUGGUCCGCCGUCGCUCUCCAACAGCCUCAUCAAUGGCAAAAACAUCUUCAGAUGCACCGAUCCUCUCGAUAAAAACUGCCUGGGCACGGGUGAGCGAUCCGAGUGGCACUUUGAAAAGGGCAAGCGCUACCGUAUGAGGCUGGUCAAUACUGGUUUAUACUCAAACUUUCGUUUUGCCAUUGAUGGCCACAAUUUGACAGUUAUUGCCAAUGACUUUGUUCCUAUUGAGCCGUAUACCACAGAUAAUGUCAUUAUUUCGAUGGGCCAGCGAUACGAUGUCAUUGUGGAAGCAAAUGCGCCGGAAGACAACUAUUGGCUACGGGCUAUUUGGCAAACUUCGUGUUGCCCCAAUGACUAUGCGAAUGAUACACUGGGAAUAAUCCGAUACGAUCCUCAGUCUACCGCUUUACCAAACACGACGCACCCGGCGCUCCAUUACCCCGACAAUUGCGACGACGAGCCAGCUGAGAAACUCGUACCGCACGUCAAGGUCGACGCUGGUCCACCGGCGAGGACUGACGUCUUCAAUCUCUAUCGCCAUACGUACGACAUGCCUCGCGGCUUCAUGUGGACUCUGAACGACACGUAUCUCUGGAUCGACUGGUCCAAGCCCACCAACCUGCUCGUGGCCGAGAAUGACACUACCAUUUUCCCACCAAACUACCUGCUCUAUCAUACCCCCGACGGACCCAACCAAUGGGUAUACAUUGUCUUUAAUGACAUUUCCGAGCGCAACCGCUCGCACCCCAUGCAUCUGCACGGCCACGACUUUUUCCUGCUGGGUACUGGCGAGGGCAACUUUACAAAGGAUAGCCCGCUGCAGCUGAAGAAUCCGCCCAGGCGAGACACGGCGUCGUGGCCGAAGCGAGGAUACAUGGUCUUUGCCUACAAGACUGACAAUCCCGGAGCGUGGUUGAUUCACUGUCACAUUGCAUGGCACUCUAGUCAAGGCCUCGGGAUGCAAAUGUUGGAGCGACCCGGUGAGAUGACAUAUACAGAGGACGAAGACCAGGCGUUGCAUCAGACUUGCCAGUCAUGGAAUAAAUUCUAUGAAAGUCCGGAACAGUAUAUACAGGAAGAUUCGGGAAUUUGA